AUCAAAAUGAAAACUGAAACAAGAAAGAUGAGAAUACAACAAAACAGAAUAAACACACCACCAAUUAUAAUGCUAUCACCCGCCAACAACGAUAUUAUCCACAAAAGAAACACAAUUCAUCCAAAAUCCAAAUAAGAACAAUAUAUCUCUCUCUAUAUAUACUCCUAUAUAGAUUAAACAUACGCAUAUACAUAUAUCUAUAUACACAUUAGACCCACGAUUUCUAUGGUGGCAUGGCGUAUUGUUGCUCAUGCCACCUAUUCACCGCCGAUAUGACUCAAUCCUUUGCUGCCGGAGCAACCCGUCUUUGUUCCCUCAAGUCUCACCAAUUCAGGAACACCAAAAUUUCCGGGUUCAAAUUCGAGUUCUUGUUGCAGAAGAAGGUGCGGCUGUCGGAACGGCGUCGUCUCAUCUCCAUCGUCAGUGCGGAGCUCUCGAGCUCCGUCUCUGCGAACAUUAGUUUAGACUCCCAGACUGUCCAGUCUCGUGAUUUAUCAAAAUUGCCUUGGAUUGGCCCUCUGCCUGGGGAUAUUGCAGAAGUUGAGGGUUAUUGUAGAAUCUUUAGAGCUGCUGAACGGCUCCAUAAUGCAUUAAUGGAGACGUUGUGCAAUCCAUUGACUGGUGAAUGUAGUGUUUCGUACAGUUUCCAAUCAGAGGAUAAACCAUUAUUGGAGGAUAAAGUAGUGUCUGUUCUUGGUUGCAUGGUAUGUCUCCUAAAUAAAGGAAGGGAGGAUGUUCUUUCUGGAAGAUCUUCCAUUAUUAAUUCGUUUCGUGCUUCAGAUCUCAAUGUAAUAGAUGAUAAACUGCCACCACUUGCCAUUUUUAGGGGUGAGAUGAAAAGGUACUGUGAGAGCUUACAUGUUGCUCUUGAAAACUAUUUGACCCCUGAUGAUAUUCGAAGCUCGGAUGUCUGGACUAAACUGCAGAGGUUGAAGAAUAUUUGCUAUGAUUCUGGCUUUCCCCGUGGGGAUGGUUAUCCUUGCCAUUCGUUGUUUGCAAACUGGAAUCCAGUUUAUAUCUCCACAGUGAAAGAUGAUAUAGAACCAACAGAUUCUGAAACUGCUUUUUGGAAGGGGGGUCAGGUAACAGAAGAAGGUAUGCAGUGGCUAAUAGAGAAAGGAUUUAAAACAAUUGUAGAUCUCAGAGCAGAGAUUGUAAAUGAUAUUUUUUAUCAACUAGCACUUGACGAUGCUAUUUUGUCUGGAAAAGUUGAACUGGUCAAACUUCCAGUUGAAGUUGGCACCGUACCUUCAAUGGAGCAGGUUGAGAAGUUUUCAGCUAUAGUGUCUGAUUCAACCAAAAAGCCCGUAUAUCUCCACAGUAAGGAAGGAAUGCAGAGAACUUUUGCUAUGGUGUCUAGAUGGAGGCAAUACAUGGCUCGCUAUGCAUCCCAGUUAAUUUCCAAUCACUCAGUCACUGCCUCUGACAUUCCAUCACGAGAUAAAAGAAGAAUGGAAGAAUUGCACAUCCCAUCAAACUUUGGAGAAGAUAAAGCCUUUGACAAUGGGAAUGGACUUCUGCAAGAGAAAUCGGAUGCAGCUCAUAGUGCCAAAGUACAAUUUCUCAACCAGGUCUCUCCGGCCACAGAAAACAAAUCUCAGAGCAGUAAUGGGGCCUAUAACGGCAUCGUCUCUCACAAAGGCUCCACUUCAAGGCAAACAUUUGAUGGCAAUGCAGUGGAGUCUUUACUGGACUUCUGCUUUGAACUCAACCCUCUUGAGUCCCAGCUACCCCCUUGUGAUUUAUUCUCCAGAAAGGAGAUGUCCAGGUUUUUUAGAAAUAAGAAAAUUUCACCUCCCACUUACAUUAAUUAUCAAUGGAAAAGGUUGGAGACAAUCUCUGAAUCAAGAGACAACUGUUAUGGUGAAGUUCAGAGAAGUGGCAUCACCGAGACCAAUCCUGAAUCAAGGCUUAUGGAAACAAGAAGUUCAAAUGGUUCACCAAAUGGUAAGAACUUAUCCUUGGAGCCUCAUAGUCCUCCUGCAAGUAAUGGGACUUAUCUAGGUCGUAAUGGCUAUGUGCCCUCUCUCCGCACUUCAAAUGGACUUGUUACAAGGGAAAGUCAUGCCAUGAGUAAAAUGGAUGAUCCUACGAGUACAACCAUUGAGUUAAAUAAUAAUUUUAUUUCGAAAACCAUCACAGAAGAUAAGAGGAACAAUAUUGAAGGCUCCACAGCUUUGGAUGAUGAUGAAUUGGGGAUUAUUGAAGGAAAUAUGUGUGCUUCUGCAACUGGUGUUGUGCGGGUGCAGUCAAGAAAGAAAGCACAGAUGUUCUUAGUACGGACAGAUGGAAUCUCUUGUACGAGAGAAAAGGUAACAGAAUCUUCCUUAGCUUUCACUCAUCCUAGCACCCAGCAGCAGAUGCUUAUGUGGAAAACUACACCAAGAACUGUAUUGUUGUUGAAGAAAUUGGGCCAAGAACUUAUGGAAGAAGCCAAAGAGGUUGCCUCAUUCUUGUAUCACCAAGAGAAAAUGAAUGUUCUUGUUGAACCUGAGGUACAUGAUAUAUUUGCAAGAAUCCCAGGGUUUGGGUUUGUUCAGACCUUUUAUAGUCAAGAUACCAGUGAUCUUCAUGAGAGGGUUGAUUUUGUAGCCUGCUUGGGAGGGGACGGGGUUAUACUCCACGCAUCAAAUUUAUUUAGGGGUGCUGUUCCCCCUGUUGUAUCAUUUAAUCUUGGAUCUCUUGGAUUUCUCACUUCUCAUACUUUUGAAGGCUAUAGGCAGGACUUAAGACAAGUUAUCCAUGGGAACAACACAGCGGAUGGUGUUUAUAUAACUCUCAGAAUGCGUCUCCGCUGUGAAAUUUUUCGAAAUGGAAAAGCAAUGCCCGGGAAAGUAUUUGACAUUCUGAAUGAGGUUGUGGUUGAUCGUGGUUCUAAUCCAUACCUUUCCAAAAUUGAAUGCUAUGAACAUGACCGCCUUAUAACAAAGGUGCAAGGUGAUGGAGUUAUAGUAGCCACACCUACUGGAAGUACAGCUUACUCUACAGCUGCAGGAGGUUCCAUGGUGCAUCCAAACGUCCCUUGCAUGCUAUUUACACCAAUCUGCCCACAUUCCCUCUCAUUCAGACCUGUCAUACUUCCUGAUUCUGCACGGCUUGAAUUAAAGAUCCCAGAGAAUGCAAGAAGCAAUGCAUGGGUCUCAUUUGAUGGGAAGAGAAGGCAACAACUCUCUAGAGGGGAUUCUGUUCGGAUAUGUAUGAGUCAGCAUCCGCUUCCAACCGUCAACAAAUCUGAUCAAACGGGUGAUUGGUUUCACAGCUUGAUUCGCUGUCUAAAUUGGAACGAAAGACUAGAUCAGAAAGCCCUUUGAAGCCUCUCAAGACCUAGUCCAUCGUCGGGUGGUUGUAAAUUGCUAGCUAGCUAGUUGUACACAGUAUAGGUCAAAAAGAAUUACAAUCCAGCUCUGAAAGAGCUCAUAUGAUUUCAUUUCCCGCAUUGGCUCUCUUAUUUGGAGAUAGUGUGUCCUCUCUCUCUUCUCUCAAAUGUUUUCAUAUUCUAAAUGUAAUUGUAUGCUGGCUAUAUGAGAAUAUAGGUUUAAUCUUACACUUC